CUAAAACCUGAACAUCGGGCGAGUUUGUCAGUCGAGCAAGACCGAACCAGACCACACUGGAACCCAGCCAUCGGGCGGUAUGUUGCCCAAGCCCUACAUUUUUAGGGUAGAGCUGAUCGAGCAGGACUGGUCCACCCGGGCCGUUACUAACCCCGCUCUCUUUUAGCCGGAGACAAAGGACCAGCACGAGGCGUCACCUACCCUGAUGGGUGGUGGGUUCCACAGGUGUCAACAGCUUCCGUCCCAAAUCGCUCAAACCAUUAACAUUGGGCUUGGCGGACGAGGUGGCCGUUGCUCUGGCGUAAUCCGUACGUGUCUCGGAGGGGCCCCAUUUUCUUUCUCUCUCUUAAAAUAAUCACCUGUCGGAUUUAACCCCUUACCCCAUUAAAUAACUCCCCUCUUUCUCUCUUUACCUUUCUCUCCCUCUCCCUCUUUGUCCACUCUUUCCUGCUCUUUUCGUCUCUUCUUCACCCCAAACACACGUUCUUUCCAAGUUGCAGACCCACAUGUCUUGAACCGCCUUUAGGGUUCUAGAGAGAGAAAGAGGGAGAACCGCGUCCCCAACUCACGCAUAAAGCCGCCUGCAGGAGAGAGAAAAAUGAGAGCGUCAAUACAUAGGUAACUAGGGUGCAAAUAAUAGAGAGAAAAAGCCAAAAGAGUCAUAGAUAGGAAGCCAGAAAAGCAGAGAUCAAUAUCGGCCGAUCUACUACUAUAAACACCAGUUGCGAAGCCACCCAACCUAGAGAAAAAAAAAAAAGCUUGAGAAAAGAGGAGAGAGGAGGGCGAGAGGAGAGACUGGAGAACCAGAGCUCUCAGGGAAUGCUGCAAAAUGAUGUUCGACCGCCGUUUUGAAACCUCCAUUAAAGGACACAUCAGAAGAAACAGAAGCCAAACCAAAGGCUUUCGCAAAAAGAAAGGCAACGAUGACCGGAACUGUCAUCGCAAGCACGUUGAAGACGGGUGAGUCCCCAAAACCCUAAUCUCUCUCUCCCCCUCUAAGAACCCACUCGAAAAACCCCAGCCUCUCUCCCUUCCAAAAACCCAGAAAAUCCUAAUCACUUCCCUCCAAAGACCCAAAAACCAUAAUCACUCACUCUCCAAAAAACCCACGUCAAAAGGAAAAAAAACUUACCCUCUCUUCUUCCAAAUACCCACCUCAGAAAGACCCCUCUCUCUAAACCCAUUUGAAACAAACCCUAUUCUCUCACCCAUCCAAAAACCCAACUCAAGAAAGCCCACUUCAGGAAACCAGACAACGAAAAACCCCAAAAAACCUAAACCAGUCGCAAGAAAACCUCAUUAUCCUGAUAAAGAGCGUAUCCCCCAAUGUCCAAACCCCUAAAGAUGGACUCGACUGAGUCGAAACCCGAGUCGUGCGGAGCCCUCCACGGCAAAUACGAGCUCGGUCGCCUCCUAGGCCAUGGCACCUUCGCCAAAGUCUACCACGCCAAAAAUUUACAGUCAGGCAAAUGCGUCGCCAUGAAAGUUGUGGGCAAAGAGAAGGUCCUCAAGGUGGGGAUGAUGGAGCAAGUUAAAAGAGAGAUUUCAGUCAUGAAAAUGGUGAAACACCCUAACAUUGUAGAACUGCACGAGGUCUUGGCCUCCAAAACCAAGAUCUACUUCGCCAUGGAAUACGUAAAAGGGGGCGAACUCUUUGCACGUGUGGCGAAGGGCAGGCUCAAAGAAGAGGUGGCCAAGGCCUAUUUUCGCCAGCUGAUCUCAGCCGUCGAUUUCUGCCACAGUAGGGGAGUGUACCAUCGAGAUUUGAAGCCGGAGAACCUCUUGCUCGCUGAGGAGGGCCGGCUCAAAGUCACCGAUUUUGGCCUCAGUGCACUGCCGGACCACCUAAGGCAGGAUGGUCUUUUGCACACUACCUGUGGUACCCCUGCCUAUGUUGCACCCGAGGUCUUAGGGAAGAGGGGUUACGACGGGGCUAAAGCCGAUAUUUGGUCCUGUGGGGUUAUCCUUUUUGUCCUUUUGGCGGGGUUUUUGCCCUUCCAAGACGAUAAUCUGGUGGCCAUGUAUCGCAAAAUUUACAAAGGAGAUUUCAAGUGCCCGCCCUGGAUUUCACCGGAGAGCCGCCGGAUCAUACUGAGGUUGCUGGACCCUAAUCCUGCAACUCGAAUAACCACAGCUAAAUUAAUGGAGACCUCGUGGUUCAAAAAGACCAAAUUGCCCCCUGCCCCACCAUUGGUGGAGGAGGAAGAGAAGUCCAGACCAGAGUUCUACAAUGCUUUCCACAUAAUCUCUCUCUCUCAAGGAUUUGAUCUCUCCCCUCUGUUUGAGGAGAAGAAGAGAGAGAAAGAGGAGCUGAGGUUUACUUCCAAGGAGAGGCCGAGCAGCAUAGUGUCGAAGCUGGAGGAGGUGGCGAAGAGAGGGAACAAGUUCAGUGUGAGAAAGAGCAAGGAUGAGAAGGUGGUGAAAUUGCAGGGGAGCGAGAACGGGCGGAAAGGGAGGUUGGCGAUCGAGGCUGAGAUAUUUGCAGUUACACCUUCAUUUGUGGUGGUGGAGCUCAAGAAAGGAGGUGGUGAUACGUUGGAGUAUGAGCAGUUCUGUAGGAAGGAAUUGAGACCAGCGCUGAAGGAUAUUGUUUGGACAUGGCAGGGGGACAACCACGCUGCUUCUGCUUAAUUCAAUGCUAUUUUAGAGAGAGAAAGAGUUGCAUUUGUUGGUUGGUCUUGAAUUUAUCCUUCAUUUCUAUGUUUAGCUCAAUUCCCUUUUGUUUUUUAA